AUGUGGAUUAUACCUCUUUGGAUGUUUGUCCAAAUUUUGCUUGGUACUCCAAUCAAAACACAGCGUGUGGAUCCUGAUGUGGGAUUAACAGCUCAAGAACAAGUUCUUCUGCUGUACGACAUCAAACUCCAGUGCCUUCAAAACAUCUCUGAACACAACCCUACGGAUGGGGUUUGUUCUCCUGGAUGGGAUGGACUGGUUUGCUGGCCUCAAGGUUCCCCAGGAAGCAUCACUAAAGUGCCAUGCCCUAGCUACGUCUACGACUUCAACCACAAUGGGUUUGCUUACCGUCAGUGUGACUUGAAUGGAUCAUGGGUCUCGGUGGAGAACAGAACUUGGGUCAACUAUUCAGACUGCCUACGCUUCCUGGCUCCAGGCAUUGAAAUGGGCAAAAGAGACUUCUUCGAGCGGCUGCACAUCAUGUACACGGUCGGCUAUGCGGUGUCCUUCAGUUCGCUUCUGGUCGCCAUUUUCAUCAUUGGAUAUUUUCGGCGUCUUCAUUGCACCAGAAACUACAUCCACAUGCAUCUAUUCGUGUCAUUUAUGCUGCGUGCGGUCAGUAUCUUCGUGAAAGAUAGAGUGGUCUACGCUAAUGGGGUGCUACAGGAAUACGACACCAUGCUAAUGGACAACUUCAGCACUGCGUCCAUCUCUUCUCUUGAUAAGACUCAGUAUGUUGGAUGUAAGAUCACAGUCCUAUUCUUCAUCUAUUUCCUCGCCACCAACUACUAUUGGAUCCUAGUCGAGGGCCUUUACCUUCACAGUCUUAUUUUCAUGGCCUUCUUUUCAGACUCCAAAUAUCUCUGGGGUUUCACCCUCAUAGGAUGGGGUGUGCCAGCUCUUUUCGUGUCAACCUGGGCUGUCGUCAGGGCAACGCUCUCAGAUGUGAGGUGUUGGGAGUUGAGUGCUGGCAAUAUUAAAUGGAUAUACCAAGUUCCCAUCUUGACAGCAAUUGGGCUGAAUUUUAUUCUGUUUGUAAAUAUUGUACGAGUUCUGGCCACCAAAAUCCGAGAAACAAACGCAGGACGGUACGACACACGCAAACAGUACAGGAAGUUGGCUAAAUCCACAUUGGUUCUGGUUCUGGUGUUUGGAGUGCACUACAUAAUGUUUGUGGGAAUGCCGCACACAUUCACUGGUCUGGGUUGGGAGCUCCGCAUGUACUUUGAGCUCUUCUUUAAUUCAUUCCAGGGAUUUUUUGUGUCCAUUAUCUACUGUUUCUGCAAUGGAGAGGUCCAGACUGAAAUCCGUAAGACCUGGCUCCGUUGGACGCUUGCGUUUGACUGGAAGGGUCCUGUGGUUUUGGCAAACUAUCGCUAUGGGUCGGUUCUGAACAAUAGCGGUGCCAAUGUCCAAUCCCAGCUGAACUCUGUGACCCGUAGCUCCGCCCUCCUUACCAGCAGAGUGUACCGUUGCGCUGGGCGUCCCAGCGUCACCUCGUUCGUUCACAGCACACACAUACACACCACCCUGCCCGGGUACGUCUUCAGUAACUCGGACAUCGAGAGUCGACCGCCUUCGAUUCCUGAAGAAAUCGAAGAAGAUGCCAAACACAUAGACGACAUCACCCUGAAAGAGAAUGCUAAAGGAAAUGACAUCACCGUAAGACAGGAAGCCCUCAGUAUCUGUUUAGAAGAAAGUGGACAAAGUCCAAACGAUGAUGACAUCAUAAAGGGUGACGAUGAUGUAAUUUCUCAAGAGAACGCCAAAUGCACCAAAAAAAUCACUUUAAAGGACUCUUUAUCGGUGAGGUACAACAGUUUGGACCAGGAGGAUGAGGAAGUGCUCUAAAAUUCGUGAAGACUUUGUUAAAGUUCAUCAAGAUUUCAUUAAAAUCAUCUGCGCGUGCACUGAUGAAAAGCCAGUGAAAACGAGACACCACACGUGCUUAAAAUGCAUGAAAAUCUACUGUAAUGUUUGGUUGGGAAUUGGUUUUCAGCCAUUUCAAGGCCUUGCGUUCAGAGUCUUGUUUGCCGAGAACAAUUUUUGUUGAUUUUUGUUGUCAGUUCUUUGCUAGACUUUUCAAAUUUGUAUAAUCACAAUGGUGUACAGGAUAGCUUUCGUAGUUAAUUUCGGUAAACUAUGAAGGUGUAAAUAUUUUCUUUGCAAAGUGUCACGCUGUUUGCGAUAGUGUUUGUUUUUACGAGUUGUUUGGUCAAGUCAAACAACGGGACCCAAACUGAAUAGUUAGCAAACUUAGUAGUUUGUAAAACUAUUUUAAACAUACAUUGUUGCCUUUUUCGUAAGAAUAGUUUUGUAAAUGAUUUACACAGAAAUUCAUUGUUCAGAGUUUUGCUUUGCAAUUUAGUUAUUUCAUUAAAAAGUUGGAUGUUAGGGGGGCCUGGGUAGCUCAGCAAGUAAAGACGCUGACUACCACAUCUGGAGUCGCAAGUUCAAAUCCAGGGCGUGCUGAGUGACUCCAGUCAGACUUCCUAAGCAACCGAUUGGCCCGGUUGCUAGGGUGGGUAGAGUCACAUUGGGUUAACCUCCUCGUGGUCGCUAUAAUAUGGUUCUUGCUCUCGGUGGGGCACGUGGUGAGUUGAGCGUAGAUGCCGCAGAGAAUAGCGUGGGCCUCCACACGCGUUAGGUCUCCACGGUAAUGCGCUCAACAAGCCACAUGAUAAGAUGUGCGGAUUGAUGGUCUCAGACGCAGAGGCAACUGAGAUUUGUCCUCCGCCACCCAGAUUAAGACAAGUCACUACGCCACCAC